CGCAACGGAGUCAACCAGCGGUCUAUUGUCUCUGUGUGUGUUGGAUGUGUUUAGGGCUCACGGCGGGGAAAAUACACUUUAUUUCGGGGCUUUGACCAAACCCCGGCCGCCUGCCGCUGCGGUACCGUCUCCCCUUUGUCCCCACGGCCCGGGCACCUUGUCCAUAAACCCGCCGCGGGGCUCGGAUUCACGCGACACCGUGCGUGCUGAGGGCGACCGGCGGUGCGGUGCUGCAGUGUGUGUAUGCGCCGCUGGGUGGGUGCGUGUCCGCAACCACCGACUCCGCUGCUCCCCCCUUCCAUAGAAAAGAAGAGAGGGAGAGAGAGAGAGCGAGAGGGGAGGAAGGACGCCGCCAUUAUUGGAAAGCUGGGGGAAAACACAUUUACACACACACACAAGCAGUGAUCGAUCGAUCGGUUGAUCAGGACAUGUGCGUGAUGGUUGCGGUGGGCCUCUUUCGCACAAAACGCAUCUGUGAUCGGGACCACGUCUCCGUGUGUGCGAGCCGGGCCGAGCCUGCAUUAUGUUGCCACAACAAUGGACUAAAUAAGCAGUGAGACGCAACGUGGUGGUGGACCGCGUACAGGACAGCGAUCCUGGUUUUGAACCAGAGUAUUCCUCCCUGAGGAAACAUCGCCAGAACAACACUGGAUCCCUCGAUCUAACACAGCGGAUUUAUUCCAGCUUUCCUCGCUUUUCAUCACACAGGACAUGCCCGGGCUAGACCAGGACGCAGACUUGACUAAAGGAGGUCUAAUCCAAGAAGCGCCCGCUGGAUCACACUGAGAUAUUCUGAUUCGCGGCUCAAGACUCUGCGUGUGUGUGUGUGUGUGUUAGCGUUUGUGUGUAUGUCCGUGCACACAGGGCGCAAGGGCUGCGGCAGUAGCUGACAGAUGCAGGAGAGAACGGGGAGAAUGCGACGGGUCAGAGCAACAUAAGAAGUGAAGGAAAGCUGUCUCGACAGCCCAGUUUCAGUCCACAGCAAACCAGAACCAUAAGGGACACGCAUCACUCCAACCCCCCCCUUUCCGGAUCACCUCGGUGGGCCAAGUGCAGACACCCGGACGCCGUCUGAGCGAACCCCCUGAUACAGCGUGCCGGGUUACGGCAGGAUGACACCCAGCAGCAGACGAUGAUGAUGAUGGCGAAGAAGCAGGAUGUGCGGGCACCCAUCUACAACCUGGUGGCGGUGGGCCUGUCGGGCACGGAGAAGGAGAAGGGCCAGUGCGGCGUGGGGAAGUCCUGCCUGUGCAACCGCUUCGUCAGGCCCAGCGCCGACCACUUCUACCUGGACCACACCUCCGUGCUGAGCACCAGCGACUUCGGCGGCCGCGUGGUGAACAACGACCACUUCCUGUUCUGGGGCGAGGUGGCCCGGGCGGUGGAGGAAGGGCCCGAGUGCCGGAUGCACGUGGUGGAGCAGACGGAGUUCAUCGACGACCAGACCUUCCAGCCGCACCGCAGCACGGCCAUGCAGCCCUACAUCAAGCGGGCGGCCGGGACCAAGCUGGCCUCGGCCGAGAAGCUCAUGUACUUCUGCACCGACCAGCUGGGCCUGGAGCAGGACUUUGAGCAGAAGCAGAUGCCCGAAGGGAAGCUGCAGGUGGACGGCUUCCUGCUGUGCGUGGACGUCAGCCGGGGGAUGAACCGCAACUUUGACGACCAGCUGAAGUUCGUCAGUAACCUGUACAGUCAGCUCAGCAAGACCAAGAAGCCCAUGGUGCUGGUCCUCACCAAGUGCGACGAAGGAGUGGAACGGUACAUCAAGGAUUCUCACACGUUCGCCAUCACCAAGAAGAGUCUGCCCGUGGUUGAGACGUCCGCUCGCUCCAACAUCAACGUCGACCUGGCCUUCCUGACCCUGGUGCAGCUGAUAGACAAGGGCAGGGGCAAGCCCAAGAUCAUCCCCUACUUCGAGGCCCUGAAGCUCCAGAGUCAACAGAUCGCGUCCGCUAAGGAUCGCUACGAAUGGCUGGUGAACCGCAUCGUGAAGAACCACAACGAGACCUGGCUGAACACCAGCCGACGCAUGAACUCCUCCGCCGAGUACAAGGAAUACGUGUUCCUGGAGGGAACAGCCAAGUGUAAAAAGCUCUUUCAACAGCACGUGUACCGCCUGAAGCAGGAGCACAUAGAGCGGCGCCGUAAAACCUACUUAAGCACUCUUCCCUUAGCACUUAGCUCCCUGGUGCCGGACCUGGAUGAGAUCGACCAGCUCAGCUGGUCGGGCGUCCAGAAGGUUCUGGAGUCCAAGCAGCACUUUUCCCACUGGUUCGUGGUCCUUGAAGACUCCCCCUGGGAGGACACGCCCCACAUCGACAACAUGGAGGACGAGCGGAUCCCCUCGGACCUCCUGGAGACCGCGCCCGCCGAGAACAUCUUCGACGCCCACCUGGAACACCUGCGCAACGAGUGCAGGAGGGCGGAGAUCCGACAUGAGUUCAAGCAGAAGUUGGCCUCCUCGCCCUUCGUCACGCCCGGGAAGCCCUGGGAGGAGGCCCGCAGCUUCAUCAUGAACGAGGAGUUCUACCAGUGGCUGGAGGAGUCGGAGUACCUGGACCUCUACAACCGCCACCAGAAGGAGACCAUCGACCACGCCAAGGAGGACUUCCAGGAGCUGCUGCUGGAGUACUCUGAGCUCUUCUACGAGCUCGAAGUGGACGCCAAGCCAAGUAAGGAGAAAAUGGGGGCCAUACAGGAGGUCCUGGGGGAGGAGGUGAGGUUCAAGGCCCUGCAGAAGCUACCGGCUGAGAGGGAUGCGCUGGUGUUGAAGCACAUCCACUUUGUCUACCACCCCACCAAGGAGACGUGUCCCAGCAGCCCCCUGUGCGGAGACUUCAAGAUGGAGCAGCUUCUCGUCUCCCGCUUCCCCUCCUGCUACCCCUUCUUCGACAUGAGGGCUCACUUCAGCGAAGGCAAAGCCGACCGCAUCAACCUGGUGAUCCUGGGGAAGGACGGACUGGCCAGGGAGUUCGCCAACGAGAUACGGGCGCUGUGCACCAACGACGACCGCUACGUGCUGGACGGGAAGAUCUACGAGCUGACGCUGCGGCCCAUCGAGGGAAACGUGCGCCUUCCCGUCAACUCCUUCCACACGCCCACCUUCGCCCCACACGGCUGCUUGUGUCUGUACAACUCCAAGGAGUCCCUGACCUACGUGGUGGAGAGCCUGGAGCGGCUGAGGGAGUCCACGCUGGGCCGCAGGGACAGCCAGCUCGCUCAGCUGUCCACGUCCCUCCUGCUGGUCACCAAGAGGGGCUUGGGGUCGUACGCGGACAUCGGCGGGGAAACGGCCUUGAACCUGAUCACGCAGGGCCAGCAGGUCUCCCGGAGGCUGCAGUGUAGCUUCCUGGACCCCGCCUCCCCGGGCGUGGGCUACGGGCACAACGUGAACGAGAUGCAGAUCAACCAGGUGCUCCGGGGCCUGCUGGACCUCAGGAGGAGCUCGUCCUUCAGUAGCAGCUCCCCCCCGCUCCUCCCCGAGCCCCAGGGUCUCCGGGACUCCCCCCACCAGUCCAGUCCAGAGGCCGACAUCCGCAUCGUCAUGUGCCUGAUGUGUGGGGACGCGUACGACAUCGAGCAGCUGCUCUCCCCCUUCCUCAUGCCCCCGCACUGCAGACCUCUGUCCAGCAGCGGCACGUCGGUCAUGCUGGAGCAGACGCUGGGAGGACACAAGCUGCUGAUAGAGCUCUCCCUGCUCUCCUACCACGCCUCCUUCUCCUUGCGCAAGAGCCGGCUGGUGCACGGCUAUAUCGCCGCCUACUCCGUCUCCAGGAAGGCCUCCCUGGAGACUCUGUGUGCCUUCCUGUGCGAGGUGCAGGACAUCAUCCCCGUCCAGCUGCUGGCGGUGGGAGACAGCCAGGCGGAGCUUAGCGACAGCGACUACGCCCGCGACCAGCUCAUCCAGGGCGAGGAGCUGGCCCACGAGAUCGAGGGGCGAUUCAACAGCGUGGUGUGUGGAUCGGGAGGGGUGCCGGGGGGCCUGCACCGGAUCGAGAUGUUUCACCCGUUCCUGUUGGAGGUGGCGGAGAAGCGCAACAUCGUGGAGGCCACCCACAUGUACGACAACGUGGCGGACUCUUGCCCCACGGAGGUGGUGUACUCCCCCCGCUGCAGCUCCCCCAGCCCGGUCACCAUGUUCCUGGACUCCGAGGACGACGUGGACCCCUCCCCCCCGUACUACGACGGGACCAUGGCCUCCCACGGGGGCGGGUACAACCUCCCGGACCUGGACUCCAGCGACAUCUCCGUCAUCUCUGAAAUCAGCUCCUUCGAGAGCCGGCUGAACCACAAGGUCUCCACCCAGUCGAGGGCGAAGCCCACCGUCACUUUCGACUUCAGGAAGAUCGCCCGCAACCCGUACGGCGACACGGUGGGCCACCGUCGCUCGCUGCCCUCCGCCGUGACCUGGGUGCCCGGGGGGGGCGACAGCUACGACCCGUCGGACUACGCCGAGCCCGUGGACGCCGUCUCAAAGCCCCGCCCCAGCAACGAGGAGAUCAUCUACUCGGUGCCGCACGACAGCACGCAGGGCAAGAUCAUCACCAUCCGCAACUCAAACCGCACGCACUCCAACGGAAACGGCUCGGACAGCGACGCCGACUCCGGCUCGCUGGAGCGCCGCAGGAAGUUCUCGGCGGUGGGGGUGAAGCCCCGCCUCUACCGCGACCGCUCCAAGCGCCUGGGAAAGUUCAGCAGCUUCCGGAGCAGCUUCAUUGGCAGCGAUGAUGAAGUCGGAGCGCUGGCCAAGUCCAAGGAGGACGACUACGGCACGCUGAAGGGAGAGAGCCUUGUGGAGGAGAGCGAGGACCCCAAGAAGAGGAACAUCCUCAAGAGCCUGCGCAGGACCGCCAAGAAGUCGCGAGCGAAGCCCCGCCCUGCGAUCCCCAAGCCGCUAGAAAGCAGCUACUUCGGGGUCCCGCUGAUCAGCGUGGUGUCCCCAGACCGCCCCAUCCCCCUGUUCAUCGAGAAGUGUGUCCGCUACAUCGAGACCACCGGUUUGAGUACGGAGGGUCUGUACCGGGUCAGUGGGAACAAGUCUGAGAUGGAGAGCAUGCAGAGACAGUUUGACCAGGACCACGGCCUGGACCUGGUGGAGAAGGACUAUGCCAUCAACACGGUGGCCGGAGGCCUGAAGAGCUUCUUCUCUGAGCUGCCCGAGCCACUCGUUCCCUGCCCCCUCCAGGUGGACCUGCUGGACGCCUUCAAGCUCAUGGACCGCGAGCAGAGGCUCUACACCAUGAAGGACGUGUUGAGGCGGUUCCCCCGUGAGAACUACGAGCUCUUCAAAUACGUCUCCACCCAUCUGCACAAGGUGAGCCAGCUGAGCCGGGUCAACCUGAUGACCAGUGAGAACCUGUCCAUCUGCUUCUGGCCCACCCUGAUGCGGCCCGACUUCACCACCAUGGACGCCCUGACGGCCACGCGCACCUACCAGACCAUCAUCGAGUGCUUCAUCCACCAGUGUGCUUUCUUCUUCUACAAUCAGCCCCUCCUGGACUCCCCCACGGGCCUGGGGGGGCUCCCCGCCUCCCCCACCACCACGCUGACGGGGGGAGGCUCCGCCUACUCCUGCUACCGCUCCUCCCCCCCACACAACCCCGCCCACUUCAGCCCGCUGCAGCAGUCUCCGCCCACCACCCCCCAGUCCCCCCUGCAGUCCCUGCUGCCCCCACUGCACCAACACCCGCACCACCACCACCCACCCCCUGCCGAGCAGGAGACCCUGUGAGGAGGAGGGGGGGGAGACCGCAAACCAAGUGCCCACCACACACACACACACACACACACACACACACACACACACACACACACACACACACACACACACACACACACACACACACACACACACACACACACACACACACACACACACACACACACUAGAACACGCGCAUGCACUCACUACUAGAUUUUAUAGUAUUUUUGGGGGGGAAUUGGGGACUUUGAUGUGAGGAGUCUUGUGUGUCGGCGCUGGUUACCAUGGUGACUGGCUUCCAUAGUUACUGACUCCACACAAGCAUCGUGUCACAACGUCACCUUUAGGUCUCGUAACGAUAUCAGUGUUAGCUCCACUUCAGUCCAGAACCACUUCCGUGGAGUACACGUGUUUGUGGCCACCAUGUGUUUUUUUUUUGUUUUUUUUUGUGUAUAAUUAUUUUUUACAAGUUUAAUAUAUUUUCUUUUUUUUCCUCAUGAAAGUACUGCCACUGGAUGUACAGACUGUCCUGCUGCCUCUAGAGGGAGGUGAUGGACAGACUGUCCUGCUGCCUCUAGAGGGAGGUGAUGGACAGACUGUCCUCCUGCCCUGCCUCUAUCUGAGAGGGAGGUCAGCAUGGGGCGAAGUAGGGGUGGGUUAUCCAUGGAUGCACUUUAAUGAUGACUUUAUGAUUUGUAGUUUUUCCUGAUGCCAUGGCGAUUUGGCCACCGAUCAAACAGCCAACGGCGCUGUCUCGUCAGGAGCGCUCCCGGCCAUCGACCCCUCUUACUUCCAACCCGGUUCCUCUUAAUUUGUCUUCAUCUGGUUCCCCUUAAUCCGUCUUCACCCAACCCGGUUCCCCUUAGUUUGUGUCGGCACAUCCUUGUUUUGAAGCACUUUGUCAGUGGUGUCAUUAAAACGCCGCCAUCUUGUUAAGUGUGUUAUGGCACGAGCUUGGAACCAACAACCGCUUUUUUUUUUUUAAAAGAGGAGACACAGAAUGUGUUUUCUAGGUCAAUCCAGGGUUCUAAUUUGAGGUUGUCGUUUAGGGUUCCUUCUGCUGAUGUUCUUGUGAGAACUUUAGGAACCGACGAGGGUUAUGGGAUCCUCCACUUAGCUUCAAGAUGUUUCUCCCCCCCCCCCCCUUAACACCAUUUCCGAACACGGCCGCGCCCUUCAGCGAUGUGCAUCACCAGGCUCUCGUGUCGCCCUCUCGCGUCCAUGGAAACCACAGCGCUGAAAUCUGAUAGGCUGCUCGUACGGUCGUCCGCACCAAUCUCUUUGUACUCGUUUAACAUGAAGGAUCUGGUUGCCUGGAACACACGACCACUACUAAAGACGGACGCACCCCGCAGAGACGCUGGAGUGGAAGUUGUGUUUAUAUCAGCUGUGUGCUGCCACCAUGUCGUCUCUGAGUUCACAAACGCACACGCUAGCAUCACCGUGGAUACCACUGUUCACGAGAGAGGGAGCAUGUCUCUGCUGCUCUCUCUCUCUCUCUCUCUCUACUCUCUACUCUCUACUCUCUCCCCUCUCUAGUCUUUGAAAGAAAUGUUCUAAACACAGAAGACCUAACUGUCACUGUUCUCCGUAGUCGGCCCUCGGGCUCGGAUGAGGAAGAACUGAAGAAGGAAAAACCAAUAAAGAAUCAUUCACCGGUACUUAAAGGAGCUAUCAAAUCUUGAAUUUGUUAAAGUCAGUCAUGUGAUCACGGGCCUAUCGGGGUUCAGAGGUCAAACUGUAGCAUUGUGAAGUUUGUUUUGGGUGGAGGAGGGGGAGGGAAUAAGAGGUCAAAGGUGAAGAGAGACGCCAAUGACUUCCGUUAAAAUGUGAUUGGUUGGAGGACAUGAUGAUGAACCCCCUCUGGUCUCGUACUGGACGAGAUGGGCGGGUGGGGGGGGAAGGGUGCCCUAUAGUCGAUGGUAUAAAACAUUUCUAGUGUGUAUUUCGAUGAUUGAAAGUCCAUUUUUACGAUUUUGUGAAUGGUUUAAGGUUCGCUUCGGUUCAGUGCAUGAUUCAAGAACACGUGGGUGGAGUGAGGUCAAUCGCGGUCUGAAAACAGGAAGCCCCGGCGAGUUAAACAAAUGAAGUGAAAUCAUGAAAUAAAUGCGUAAAAAGUUGUCAGAUUUAAAGUACUGUGCAUAAAAGCAAACCAUGGAUUUAGUUUGACUGAAAUGGUGUUUCAAGAUGAAGGCCUUAUGUGAACUGUAUAAUAGUUAAUAAAUUAAAUCUUGUAAACUUGUCCAUA